CACAGCAAAGAUAGGCCAUUUGUCUCUAGUAAUUAGUAAACUUUUGUAUUCGUCACAUAACACAAUAAGGGAAGUAGGGAACACAAAGCUUUGAGAAAAAAAAAAAAAAAAUAGUGUUGAUUUAGAGUGCUUUCUCAUCUGUAGGGAACACAAAGCCAAAACCUCAUGAGUGAGAGAGUAGUAGGCGACGGACUCUCAAAUGAGACGACUAUGGUUGACCUGUGGAGUGGGAAGCUUGAGUCUCCCUAGAUUACUUCUACACUCGACGAGCUCGAUCCCAACCUCAUCAAGGGCUUCUCUGAUCUCCACCGUCAAUACGUUCCACACGGCCGCUUCUUCGUUAACGGUCUCUUCUCCCACGAGGACUUCUCGCUUGACAACUGUAUCAUCAUCAUCCAUGGCUUCUGGAGACGAAGGAGCUGUAUUCAAUUUGUCUGAUUCUAGCCUCCUCAAGAUACUUAAAGGCGAUAUCACUAAGUGGUCCGUCGAUGGCUCCUCCGAUGCUAUUGUCACUCCAGCAAAUCAGCGUAUGUUAGGUGGAGGUGGUGCUGAUGGAGCAAUACAUAGAGCUGCUGGACCACAACUUAGAGCAGCAUGCUAUGAGGUUCCUGAAGUUCUUCCUGGAGUACGUUGUCCAACCGGAGAAGCAAGGAUUACUCCGGGUUUUAACUUGCCUGCAUCUCGUGUGAUUCACACCGUUGGACCGAUCUAUGAUUCAGAUGUCAACCCUAAAGAAUCCCUUACAAAUGCUUACAAAAAUAGUCUGAGAGUGGCAAAGGAAAACAACAUCAAAUACAUUGCGUUUCCUGCCAUAUCUUGUGGGAUUUACGGAUAUCCCUUUGAUGAAGCUGCUGAGAUUGGUAUAUCAACAAUCAAACAGUUCUCUAAUGACUUGAAAGAGGUGCAUUUUGUUUUGUUCGCGGACGAUCUAUUCAGCUUGUGGGUAAACAAAGCAAAGACGGUGCUACAAAAAGCCUAAGAUAGUAAGAUUCCAUCAGCGGCUUAAAAUAAACCUAAUUAAUCCCUAAACCUUCACACAAACAAAGCAUUUGCUAUUUGUGUAAUGUUAUGAGAGAUUGUUCGUUAUGGUUAGAUUUUGUAAUAAAUAAAAUAUUUGCACCUGAAAUUUUUCUGUAUUACACCUAAAGAUUUUUGCAUGAAAUUUGUAGUAAUA